UACAUGUACACGGUCGAAGUCUACGGCAAGUAUCAAAAUGGAACAUUCCCUCUCUCCACACUCAAAACGAGGUUUGUGCAAACAUGAUUUGCGAUCGCGAGUCGGCUUGCCAAGCAAGGCGGUUUCUAGUGCUAUCUGAAAUGGAAUGGCUUUCCGUGUCCAACUGCUCAGAAGCACGACCACGACGCAUUGCCUGCGACCUGGGUUCGAAGUCGAUUGGCGUUCGCAAAUACAGCAACACAAGUCGCGCUUUGAACAUGGGAAGGGGGAGUGUUUCCUUACGAUAGCAAAGAAUACAGCUUCUGCGAGAAUUAUCGAAAGAAGAAACUGUUCCACUGCAGUGCAAAAUGUGCCUGUAUCACUGGAGGAACACGCGAUGGAAAAAAAUUGUGCUUGAUCCUACCGGCGCAAGACGGACUCUUUUUGUCAUGCAAGAAAACGACCUUGUCCGGCGAGACCUCCAAAACUAAAACAGUGAGACACUUUUUUCGCAUGAUACGGCAACCCAGAGGGUUCCGAUGAAGAUUGCCUCCCGGAAGACUGCCCAGAUAGUUUUGCUCCCGGAACUCGGCGAUCCAGAUGUAGUCCUAUGGCAACCCGGAAGAAACUCCGGCGUCCAGUAGUACUCGGCCGAAGUGGCAGGGUCCAGCCCUGUCCGGCGGCGCCCUAAUAAUAUACUUACUAGGCUGCCCUACUCAACAAGCAUUUCGGGGCGCGCUAAGCUGCUGCUCGCACCAAAAUUGCGCAGCCAGAACCUAAAAGCCGACUCGCAUACGUUUCCUCGUUGGGUGAAUGUGUUUGCCAUUUUUCGAGCGGGCAACGCCGAUGCGACCGAUUUGCGCUUCGCUUUCUCGAAGGUCUUGCGAGCCACCUCUUUACCUUUGCUCGGCUACUGUGCUUAGGAGCUCCAC